CAAGGAAGUGAGCGGCGGCCGCGGCGGCUGGGCCUGGCUCCCUCCCCUCCCCUCCCCUCCCGUAUCCGGUGCUGCGGCGGCCGCCGCGGGAGGGGGGCUCCAUGGUGACGGCGCAGGUUUGGAAGCACCCCUGCCUGCCUCAGCUCUGUUGUUUGUGGGCUCUCUCGUAGCUUCAGCCGGUCAUCAUGUCAAAGCUAAAGAGCUCCGAGUCGGUCAGAGUUGUGGUGCGAUGCCGGCCGAUGAACAGCAAAGAGAAAGCGGCUUCCUAUGAACAAGUAGUUGAAGUGGACGUCAAGUUGGGGCAGGUGUCAGUGAAGAACCCCAAAGGGACUUCUCAUGAGCUGCCAAAAACGUUCACUUUUGACGCUGUCUAUGACUGGAGUUCCAAACAGGUCGAACUGUAUGAUGAGACCUUCCGACCUCUGGUGGACUCGGUGCUGCAGGGCUUCAACGGAACCAUCUUUGCCUAUGGGCAGACGGGGACAGGGAAGACCUACACAAUGGAAGGUGUGCGUGGUGAUCCCGAGAAACGAGGGGUGAUCCCCAAUUCCUUUGAUCAUAUUUUCACGCACAUCUCCCGGUCUCAGAACCAGCAGUACCUGGUAAGGGCCUCUUAUUUAGAGAUCUACCAAGAAGAAAUCAGAGACUUGUUAUCAAAGGAUCAGUCCAGGAGGCUGGAACUGAAGGAGAGGCCGGACACGGGAGUGUACGUAAAAGAUCUGUCAUCUUUUGUCACAAAAAGCGUCAAGGAAAUAGAACAUGUCAUGAAUGUGGGGAACCUGAAUCGCUCGGUGGGGGCUACCAAUAUGAACGAGCACAGCUCCCGUUCCCAUGCCAUUUUUGUGAUCACCAUUGAAUGCAGUGAGGUGGGGCUCGAUGGGGAGAACCACAUACGAGUGGGCAAACUGAACCUGGUGGACCUUGCGGGCAGUGAGCGCCAGGCUAAGACUGGAGCCCAAGGGGAGAGGCUGAAAGAAGCCACCAAGAUCAACCUUUCUCUUUCAGCGCUGGGCAAUGUCAUAUCUGCCCUGGUCGAUGGCAAAAGCACUCACAUUCCGUAUCGGGACUCAAAGCUAACCCGGCUGCUUCAGGACUCCUUAGGUGGCAAUGCUAAGACAGUGAUGGUGGCUAACAUUGGCCCUGCCUCGUAUAAUGUCGAGGAGACCCUGACUACCCUGCGAUACGCCAACCGUGCCAAGAACAUCAAGAACAAGCCCAGAGUGAAUGAAGACCCCAAGGAUGCCCUUCUGCGAGAAUUCCAGGAGGAGAUCGCUCGGCUUAAAGCCCAACUGGAAAAGCGGUCUGUUGGCAAAAGGAAGAAGAAGGAGAGGAGAAGGGACGGAGGUGGUGGCGUUGGUGGGGAGGAGGAAGAGGAGGAGGACGGUGAAGAAGGUGAGGAGGAAGGGGGUGAUAAAGACGACUACUGGAGGGAGCAGCAAGAAAAGCUGGAGGUAGAGAAGAAUGCAAUCCUGGAGGAUCACAGCUUGGUGGCAGAGGAGAAGAUGAGGCUGCUGAAGGAAAAGGAGAAGAAGAUGGAAGAUCUGAAGCGCGAGAAGGAAGCGGCAGAAAAGCUGAGCGCCAAAAUCAAGGCAAUGGAAAGCAAGCUUCUUGUUGGAGGAAAAAAUAUUGUUGAUCACACAAACGAGCAGCAGAAAAUUUUGGAACAGAAGCGGCAGGAGAUCGCUGAGCAGAAACGCCGGGAGCGAGAAAUUCAGCAACAGAUGGAAAGUCGAGACGAAGAGACCUUAGAGCUCAAGGAGACAUAUAGCUCCCUGCAGCAGGAGGUGGACAUUAAAACAAAAAAACUUAAAAAGCUGUUUUCAAAGCUUCAGGCUGUGAAGGCUGAGAUCCAUGACCUCCAAGAAGAACACAUCAAAGAGCGGCAAGAGCUGGAGCAAACGCAGAAUGAGCUCACGCGGGAGCUGAAGCUGAAGCACCUGAUUAUUGAAAACUUUAUUCCCCUGGGAGAGAAGAACAAGAUCAUGAAUAGAUCGUUCUUUGAUGAGGAGGAGGACCAGUGGAAAUUGCACCCCAUCACCCGGCUGGAGAAUCAGCCAAUGAUGAAGAGGCCAGUAUCGGCAGUGGGGUACAAGAGACCUCUCAGCCACCACGCCAGGAUGUUUAUGAUGGUCCAGCCGGAGGCCCGGUAUAGGGCAGAAAACAUUGUGCUGCUGGAACUGGACAUGCCUACCCGGACGACCAGGGACUAUGAAGGCCCAGCCGUCGCCCCCCACGUCCAGGCGGUUCUGGAGGCUGCUUUGCAAGAGGAAGAUGAGAUUCAAGUGGAUGCCUCCACUUUCGAGAGUACAUCAAACAAGAAGUCAAAGUCCAGGUCUAAAACUGGAAGGAAGUCUGGAGGUUCUUCUUCCUCCAGCUCCUCUGGGUCGCAGCUUUACCCACAGUCUCGGGGGCUGGUCCCCAAGUAAAACCAGCAACUCCUCCUUCAGCUUGCCUUCGGAGAGCAUGGGGCAAGAGCAAGCCUGCGGAGGGGACCGGCGGCCAGUUGUUCCCCUCAAGAAGCAGCAGUGGCCCCCAUGGCAGCAGAACUAACUCGUGUCCACCGGGGGACUUCUGCGCCCUGCAUGAUGGGCCCCCCCCCCCCCACUUCCCCUCUGCCGGUUGUCCUGUAAGGGGAAAGAGACUUUAGUUAGGAAAUCAAAAAUGCAUGAAGUACGUUAGUGUCUUUUAGAAGCAACAAGAAGCAUUGGGGGCCCUCUUGCCGUGUUGCCGCCUCUCCUCUGGCUCUGCUGUCCUUUGGGGCUAUGGGGAUGGAGUCAGGAGUCAUCUCAGCUCUCUGGGACUUUGUGAUGCCAAACAUCUAGGAAGGCUGAGAAACGACAGAGGGCUUCUCUGGCCAUGGCAAAGGGCAUCUUUCCUUUCUCCUGGUCGAAAGACUGGCGUCUUUGA